AGAGGAAUAAUCGGGGCUCUUGGCAGAGAGGAGUUAUCGGGACAGAAACAGAAACCAUCAAUUCUAUGCACUUGGUUGAACUUUUGAGAACGACCAAACAAAACUCUAAUGUCAGAACAAUAUUUGACCUGGAAAAGCAUCGGACGAAGAGGUCAGCGGUCUUCCACUCUGGAGUGAGAGUCUGUCCUCAGGAGACCAUCAAUGAGGUCAUCGCCAGCCAUCAAGCCUACUACAAGCUCAGAGGUAUAGUCCUCCCAUUCAUUAUAGUUAAUCAUUAUAGUUAAUCAAUUGCUAUUCUGUUGGAUAUUUCAGUGUCACAUGUUCAGUAUCCAGGUCUUCUGCCCUCGACAGAAGUCAUGAGGUGACGCCUCGCCCGGGGCAUGGCAUGUAUAGCCUCUACUCAAACGAAAUGGUGAAAGUUGUGGUGUGCACCAGUCAGAAAUGUCUAAAUACAUUAUAUAAAGAAAAGUAUGUGGACACCCCUUCAAAUUAGUGGAUUUGGCUAUUUCAGCCCCACCCGUUACUGACAGGUGUCUAAAAUCGAGCACACAGCCAUGCAAUCUCCAUAGACAAACAUUGGCAGUAGAAUGGUCUUACUGAAGAGCUCAGUGACUUUCAACGUGGCACUGUCAUAGGAUGCCACCUUUCCAACAAGUCAGUUCGUCAAAUUUCUGCCCUGCUAGAGCUGCCCCGGUCAACUGUAAGUGCUGUUAUUGUGAAGUGGAAACGUCUAGGAGCAACAACGGCUCAGCCACAAAGUGGUAGGCCACACAAACUCACAGAACGGGACCGCUGAGUGCUGAAGCACGUAGCGCAUAGAAAUUGUCUGUUCUCAGUUGCAACACUCACUACCGAGUUCCUAACUGCCUCUGGAAGCAACAUCAGCACAAGAACUGUUCGUCGGGAGCUUCAUGAAAUAGGUUUCAAUGGCGAGCAGCCACACACAAGCCUAAGAUCACCAUGCACAAUGCCAAGUGGAGACUGGAGUGGUGUAAGCUCACCGCCAUUGGACUCUGGAGCAGUGGAAACGUGUUCUCUGGAGUGAUGAAUCACGCUUCACCAUCUGGCAGUCCGACGGACGAAUCUGGGUUUGGUGGAUGCCAGGGGAACGCUACCUGCCCAAAUGCAUAGUGACAACUGUACGGUUUGGUGGAGGAGGAAUAAUUGUCUGGGGCUAUUUUUCAUGGUUCGGGCUAGGCCCCUUAGAUCCAGUGAAGGGAAAUCUUAACGCUACAACAUACAGUGACAUUCGAGACGAUUCUGUGAUUCUAACUUUGUGGCAACAGUUUGGGGAAGGCCCUUUCCUGUUUCAGCAUGACAAUGCCCUGUGCACAAAGCGAGGUCCAUACAGAAAUGGUUUGUCGGGAUCGGUGUGUAAGAACUUGUCUGGCCUGCACAGAACCCUGACCUCAACCACAUCAAACACCUUUGGGAUGAAUUGGAACGCCGACUGUGAGCCAGGCCUAAUCGCCCAACAUCAGUGCCCGACCUCACUAAUGCUGUUGUGGCUAAAUGGAAGCAAGUCCCCGCAGCAAUGUUCCAACAUCUAGUGGAAAGCCUUCCCAGAAGAGUGGAUGCUGUUAUAGCAGCAAAGGGGGGACCAACUCCAAAUUAAUGCCCAUGAUUUUGGAAUGAGAUGUUCAACAAGCAGGUGUCCACAUACUUAUGGUCAUAUACAGUGGCUUGCGAAAGUAUUCACCCCCCUUGGCAUUUUUCCUAUUUUGUUGCCUUACAACCUGGAAUUAAAAUAGAUUUUUGUGGGGUUUGUAUCAUUUUAUUUACACAACGUGCCUACCACUUUGAAGAUGCAUUUUUUUGUGAAACAAACAACAAAUAAGACAGAAAAACAGAACUUGAGUGUGCAUACUGUUCACCCUCCCCGAAGUCAAUACUUUGAAGAGCCACCUUUUGCAGCAAUUACAGCUGCAAGUCUCUUGGGGUAUGUCUCUAUAAGCUUGGCACAUCUAGCCACUGGGAUUUUUGCCCAUUCUUCAAGGCAAAACUGCUCCAGCUCCUUCAAGUUGGAUGGGUUCCGCUGGUGUACAGCAAUCUGUAAGUCAUACCACAGAUUCUCAAUUGGAUUGAGGUCUGGGCUUUGACUAGGCCAUUCCAAGACAUUUAAAUGUUUCCCCUUAAACCACUCGAGUGUUGCUUUAGCAGUAUGCUUAGGGUCAUUGUCCUGCUGGAAGGUGAACCUCCGUCCCAGUCUCAAAUCUCUGGAAGACUGAAACAGGUUUCCCUCAAGAAUUUCCCUGUAUUUAGCGCCAUCUAUCAUUCCUUCAAUUCUGACCAGUUUCCCAGUCCCUGCCAAUGAAAAACAUCCCCACAGCAUGAUGCUGCCACCACCAUGCUUCAUUGUGGGGAUGGUGUUCUCGGGUGAUGAGAGAUGUUGGGUUUGCGCCAGACAUAGCGUUUUCCUUGAUGGCUAAAAAGCUCAAUUUUAGUCUCAUCUGACCAGAGUACCUUCUUCUAUAUGUUUGGGGAGUCUCCCACAUGGCUUUUGGCGAACACCAAACGUGUUUGCUUAUUUUUUUCUUUAAGCAAUGGCUUUAUUCUGGCCACUCUUCCGUAAAGCCCAGAUCUGUGGAGUGUACGGCUUAAAGUGGUCCUAUGGACAGAUACUCCAAUCUCCGCUGUGGAGCUUUGCAGCUCCUUCAGGGUUAUCUUUGGUCUCUUUGUUGCCUCUCUGAUUAAUGCCCUCCUUGCCUGGUCUGUGAGUUUUGGUGGGUGGCCCUCUUCUGGGCAGGUUUGUUGUGGCUGCCAUAUUCUUUCAUUUUUUAUAAUGGAUUAAUGGUGAUCCGUGGGAAUGUUCAAGGUUCCAGAUAUUUUUUUUAGAACCCCAACCCGGAUCUGUACUUCUCCACAACUUUGUCCAUGACCUGUUUGGAUAGCUCCUUGGUCUUCAUGGUGCCGCUGCUUGGUGGUUGGCCCUUGCUUCGGUGGUGUUGCAGACUCUGGGGCCUUCAGAAACAGGUGUAUAUAUCCGAGAUCAUGUGACACUUAGAUUGCACCACAGGUGGACUUUUUAACUAAUUAUGUGACUUCUGAGGAAUUGGGGGCACAAGAUCUUAUUUAGGGGGCUUAUAGCAAAGGGGCGUGAAUACAUAUGCACGCACCACUUUUCCGUUAUUAAUUUUUUUGAAUUUUUGAAACAAGUUUUUUUUCAUUUCACUUCACCCAAUUUUGACUAUUUUGUGUAUGUCCAUUACAUGAAAUUCAAAUAAAAAUCAAUUUAAAUUACAGGUUGUAAUGCAACAAAAUAGGAAAAACGCCAAGGGGGAUGAAUACUUUUGCAAGGCACUGUACACUUAUUAAUGCUCAGAUUAUUCUGCUAAUUAUCCAUUGGAUCACAUUUUGGUUUAUUUUAUUUUGAAUGGACUGGAGUGUCACAUUGUGUAACUGAUGCAGUAAAACCAUGGCAGGUAGAGUGAUGCCAUUGUGGGAUCAUGUGUAAGAUUCCUCAGGAGGACAAUGUAUCUUUUCUACAGAUUAUUAUCCUAUUGGAAAAUACGUUGGCCAUAUUUGUUAAAGAGAUACAUUGCCUUAUACAAUUCCUAUAUAAUUGUAAUUGUAUAGGGAAGCAGGAAAGUAAAGGCUAGAUAGUGUUGGGGCAUCCUUACACUCUUAGAAAAAAAGGUGGUAUCUAGAACUUAAAAGGGUUCUUUGUCUGUCCCCAUAGGAUAACCAUUUGAAGAACCAUUUUUGCCUCCAGGUAGAACCUCUUUCCACAGAGGGUUCUACAUGGAACCCGAAAGUGUUCUGCUUGGAACCAAAAAGGGUUCUAACUGGAACCAAAAAGGGUUCUCCUAUGGGGACAGCCGAAGAACCCUUUUGGAACCCUUUUUUCUAAGCAUGUAGGUAGGAAGUGUGUGCAUGUGUACAUGACUGAAUUAAGUUAUUUAUCAUGAGAAUCAUCCAUGUCUUCUCUUGGAAAGUAAAGCCAGCUUUUAUGUCUCUACUACUGAAACCUUAUGUAUCUGAAAAUUAUUUGCUGGGUUUUAGAGUUAUUUGUACUUUGAGACACCCCGUGAUGAGUUCUUGGUGUUUGUCCCAAAUGGCACCCUAUUCCCUUUAUAGUGCACUACUUUUGACCAGGGCCAAUAGGGAAUAGGGUGCCAUUUGGAACAUACACUCAGACUUGAUGUGGAUCUGUAUCUAUUGUGCUGAAUAUCUUUCAUUCUUACUGGAACACUGUUCUCUCUUUGGUCAGUUUGUCAGGAGGCUGUGUGGGAGGCCUUCCGGAUCUUCUUUGACCGGAUCCCUGGAACUACAGAAUAUACAACAUGGGUUCACACAUGUCAACAUGAGUCUCUGUGCCUCUCUGACCUGGCCACUAACUUCAGCAACUCAGAGGAGCACAUGAGUAUGGUGUACAGGGUGAGGAACCAACGACACAUGACUCCCUUUUAUGUGUCGUAAUUGUUAGACCAAUAAUUACUUACAUUAUUUGAAUGAACAUAUGCACGUCUUUAUGGGGUGAGGGGGAGGGGGGGGGGGGGGGGGGGGGGGGGGGGUGUAUCAUGUGAAAUCAAUUUAUUUCAGUAGAUUUUCCUCAGGAAACAACAGCAUUGUUUCUUGCACAAUAGCCAUAGGGAAAGCAGUUGUUUAUUACGUUGAAACUUGUUUCUUUCCCCUCUUUAUUCAAACCUGUUGACAUUUAAUUAUUACAUAUCAGUCUCUUGAUAAUAAAUAUCCACAUUAUAUUGCUCCCAAUAACACACAAAACAGCAACACAUCAAUCUGGUCUAGUCAAUUUGGUUAUUUUACAUUCCUAUGAGGGUAUAACAUGCAUAUACUGUAUAUUUGCAGACAGCACUCCCAAGUGCAUGUUUCAGUGGUACCUUACAUGCUACACAGUUUUGAAGUAUUAUGUCAUUGGUUUGAAUUGAUGUGUGCGAUUCAUGUUAUGAUUGUAAUUCUGCUCUCACAGAGGAUGAACCUGCGAGAUGAGAGGCAGCCGACUGGGUAAGGCUUAGAGACAAGACGGUACCUUAUGCAGCCUGUUGUCUGCUGAUAGUUGUCAUGGAGCGCUGCUUUCUCACACACAGUGCAGCCUUCUUGAGUCAGGCUUUGGAGUUGACCUGUCACAUCAUGCCCUCUCUCCAAGUGUAUAAUGGCUGAUUAUGGAUACUCAAUGGUAGAGUGGCUCUUGAGAUAUGAAGGAAUCAGUCACACAUCUUAGAAACUGAACAUGCAUGAUAGCAAUUGGCACUGAAAUUAUGAUAAUGAAGUCAUGCGAGAUGGUAGAUGAAUAGUAAUUAACAAGAAAUUAAACUUUAAUUUAUGCAGUUCUUUAUUAGAAUAUGCCAAGCUGACAUUGAUUGUAACUAGGCAGCAGCAGCCACUCUGAGAAAGAAAGUCAUAGGUAAAGACAUUAGUACUUAAUUCUAAGUUGUUGUUAAUUAUCUUUAAAUUACCAUCUCACGUGACAGAAUCAUCAUCAAUUACCAUCAAGUAUUUAACCAGGUAGUUACUAUAUAUAAAAUAGUCUUAGGUAUACUGUACAUGCACUCUUGCAUAUAGUACUGCUGGUUGAUGACCAGUCUAAUCUUAGACAGGUGGAGAGCUUGUGCAUUGCCAUGGUAAUGAUCUUGUAAAGUCAUUAGGGGAUACAGUGCCUUCCGAAAGUAUUCAGUCCCCUUGACCUUUUCCACAUUUUGUUACGUUACAGCCUCAUUCUAAAUAUAUAUAUAUAAUUUUUUUUAGCAUCAUCAAUUUACACACAAUACCCCAUAAUGACGAAGCAAAACAAUUUUUUCCCCCUGAUAUCCAAUUGGUAGUUAACAGUCUUGUCCAAUGCUGCAACUCCCGUACAGACUCGGGAGAGGUGAAGGUCAAGAGCCAUAAGUCCUCCGAAACACGACCCUGUCAAGCUGCACUGCUUCUUGACACACUGCCCACUUAACCCGGAAGCCAGCCGCACCAAUGUGUCAGAGGAAACACCGUACAACUGGUGACCAAAGUCAGCGUGCAUGCAUCCGGCCUGCCACAAGGAGUCGCUAGAGCGCGAUGGGACCAAGGACAUCCCGGCCGGCCAAACCCUCCCCUAACCUGGACGACGCUGGGCCAAUUGUGCGCCGCCUCAUGGGUCUCUCGGUCGCGGCUGGCUGCAACACAGCCUGGUAUCGAACCCGCGUCUGUAGUGACGCCUCAAGCACUGCGAUGCAGUGCCUUAGACCGCUGCGCCACUCGGGAAGCCUGUAGGUUUUCAGACAUUUUUGCCAAUUUAUUACAAAUAAAAAACUGAAAUAUCACAUUUACAUAAGUAUUCAGGCCCUUUACGCAGUACCUUGUUAAAGUACCUUGGGCAGUGAUUACAGCAUCAAAUCUUCUUGGGUAUGACGCUACAAGCUCGGCACACCUGUAUUUGGGGAGUUUCUCCCAUUUUUCUCUGCAGAUCCUCUCAAGCUUUGUCAGGUUGGAUGGGGAGCGUUGCAGCACAGCUAUUUUCAGGUCUCUCCAGAGAUGUUAGAUCGGGUUCAAGUCCGGGCUCUGGCUGGGCCACUCAAGGACAUUCAGAGACUUGUCCCGAAGCCACUCCUGCAUUGUCUUGGAACCCUCGCCCCAGUCUGAGGUCCUGAGCGCUCUGGAGCAGGUUUUCAUCAAGGAUCUCUCUGUUCUUUGCUCCAUUCAUCUUUGCCUCGAUCCUGACUAGUCUCCCAGUCCCUGCUACUGAAAAAUUCAUCCCCACAGGAUGAUGCUGCCAGCACCAUGCUUCACCGUAGGGAUGGUGCCAGGUUUCCUCCAGACGUGACGCUUGGCAUUCAGGCCAAAGAGUUCAAUCUUGGUUUCAUCAGACCGGACAAUCUUGUUUCUCAUGGUCUGAGAGUCCUUUAGGUGCCUUUGGCAAACUCCAAGCGAGCUGUCAUGUGCCUUUUACUAAGGAGUGGCUUCCGUCUGGCCACUCUACCAUAAAGGCCUGAUUGGUGGAGUGCUGCAGAGAUGGUUGUCCUUCUGGAAGGUUCUCCCAUCUCCACAGAGGAACUCUAGAGCUCUGUCAGAGUGACCAUCAGGUUCUUGGUCACCUCCCUGACCAAGGCCCUUCUCCCCCAAUUACUCAGUUUGGCCGGGUGGCCAGCUCUACGAAGAGUUUUGGUGGUUCCAAACAUCUUCCAUUUAAGAAUGAUGGAGGCCACUGUGUUCUUGGGGACUUUCAAUGCUGCAGAAAUGUUUUGUUACCCUUCCCCAGAUCUGUGCCUCGACACAAUCUUGUCUCUGAGUUCUAAGGACAAUUCCUUCGACCUCAUGGCUUGGUUUUUGCUCUAACAUGCACUGUCAACUGUGGGACCUUAUAUAGACAGGUGUGUACCUUUCCAAAUCAUGUCCAAUCAAUUGAAUUUACCACAGGUGGACUCAAAUCAAGUUGUAUAAACAUCUCAAGGAUGAUCAAUGGAAACAGGAUGCACCUGAGCUCAAUUUCGAGUCUCAUAGCAAAGGGGCUGAAUAGUUAUAUAAAUAAGGUAUUUCUGUUGUUCACUUUGUCAUUAUGGGGUUUUGUGUGUAGAUUGCUGAGGAUUUUUAUUAUUUAAUCCAUUUUAGAAUAAGGCUGUAACGUAACAAAAUAUAGAAAAAGUCAAGGGGUCUGAAUACUUUCCGAAGGCACUGUAUGUGCAUGUUUUCAAGUGCUGUUUUUUACAAACCAUUACCUUUAUCACUCAAAGCUGGGCUAAUUUGGACAGAUUUUUAUUUAUCUGCCAUUUUUUUGUUGUUGUUUUUGUUGUUGUACAAAAGUACAACAAAUAAGGAAUAUUCUCAUCAUGUACAAACCUGAAAAUAUAGCCUACAUAUUAUUUUGCAUAAUGAAUUAUGUGUAUUUUCUCCUCUUUCACCUGCAGAGUGGUAGCAGCCACAACCACAGCAGCACCGGAGGUUGCUGAUAUAACAGGUAUAGCAAGACACUGUAUCAAGAUGUACAGUGGCUUGCGAAAGUAUUCACCCCCCUUGGCAUUUUUCCUAUUUUGUUGCCUUACAACCUGGAAUUAAUAUUGAUUUUGUGGGGGUUUGAAUCAUUUGAUUUACACAACAUGCCUACCACUUUGAAGAUGCAAAAUAUUUUUUAUUGUGAAACAAACAAGAAAUAAGACAAAAAAACUGAAAUCUUGAGCGUCAAUAACUAUUCACCCCCCGAAAGUCAAUACUUUGUAGAGACACCUUUUGCAGCAAUUACAGCUGCAAGUCUCUUGGGGUAUGUCUCUAUAAGCUUGGCACAUCUAGCCACUGGGAUUUUUGCCCAUUCUUCAAGGCAAAACUGCUCCAGCUCCUUCAACUUGGAUGGGUUCUGCUGGUGUACAGCAAUAUUUAAGUCAUACCACAGAUUCUCAAUUUGAUAGAGGUCUGGGCUUUGACUUGGCCAUUCCAAGACAUUUAAAUGUUUCCCCUUAAACAACUCAAGUGUUGCUUUAGCAGUAUGCUUAGGGUCAGUCCUGCUGGAAGGUGAACCUCCGUCCCAGUCUCAAAUAUCUGAAUGACUGAAACAGGUUUCCCUCAAGAAUUUCUCUGUAUUUAGAGCCAUCCAUCAUUCCUUAAAUUCUGACCAGUUCCCAGUCCCUGCCGAUGAAAACAUCCCCACAGUAUGAUGCUGCCACCACCAUGAUGGUGUUCUCGGGUGAUGAGUGGUGUUGGGUUUGCGCCAGACAUUGCGUUUUCCUUGAUGGCCAAAAGCUCAAUUUUAGUCUCAUCUGACCAGAGUACCUUCUUCCAUAUGUUUGGGGAGUCUCCCACAUGCCUGUUGGCGAACACCAAACGUGUUUGCUUAUUUUUUUCUUUAAGCAAUGGCUUUUUUCUGGGCACUCUUCCAUAAAGCCCAGCUCUGUGGAGUGUACGGCUUAAAGGGGUCCUAUGGACAGAUACUCCAAUCUCCGCUGUGGAGCUUUGCAGUUCCCUUCAGGGUUAUCUUUGGGCUCUUUGUUGCCACUCUGAUUAAUGCCCUCCUUGCCUUGUCUGUGAGUUUUGGUGGGCGGCCCUCUCUUGGCAGGUUUGUUAUGGUGCCAUAUUCUUUCCAUUUUUUAAUAAUGGAUUUAAUGGUGCUCCGUGGGAUGUUCAAAGUUUCUGAUAUUUUAAUAAUAUUUAUAACCCAACCCUGAUCAGUACUUCUCCACAACUUUGUCCCUGACCUGUUUGGAGAGCUCCUUGGUCUUCAUGGUGCCGCUUGCUUGGUGGUGCCCCUUGCUUAGUGGUGUUGCAGGCUCUGGGGCCUUUCAGAGCAGGUGUAUAUAUACUGAGAUCAUGUGACACUUAGAUAGCACACAUGUGGACUUUUUAAAACUAAUUAUGUGACUUCUGAAGGUAAUUGGUUGCACCAGAUAAUUUUUAGGGGCUUCAUAGCAAAGGGGGUGAAUACAUAUGCACGCACCACUUUUCCGUUAUUUAUUUCUUCACUUCAAUUCAGCAAUUUGGACUAUUUUGUGUAUGUCCAUUACAUGAUAUCCAAAUAAAAAUCAUUUUAAAUUACAGGUUGUAAUGCAACAAAAUAGGAAAAACGCCAAGGGGGUUGAAUACUUUUGCAAGGCACUGUAUCAAGACACUGUAUCAAGAUCUAUCAAGACACUGUAACACUAUGUAUCAAGACACUGUACCAAGAUGUGUCAACACACUGUGUCAAGAUGUAUCAAGAUGUAUCAAGACAUUGUUUUUUAUUAAUUUAACCUUUAUUUAACCAGGUAAGCCAGUUGAGAACAAGUUCUCAUUUACAACUGCGACCUGGCCAAGAUAAAGCAAAGCAGACACUGUAUCAAGAUUUAUCAAGACACUGUAUCAAGAUGUAUCAAGACACUGUAUCAAGAUGUGUCAAGACACUGUAUCAAGAUGUAUCAGGACACUGUAUCAAGAUGUAUCAAGACACUGUAUCAAGAUGUCAACACACUGUAUCAAGAUUUAUCAACACACUGUAUCAAGAUGUGUCAAGUAAUUGAAUCAAGAUGCACAUAUCAAUGGUGAAUUAAAUCUAAUAUACAAUAUAAUUAAAUUGUAAUUAACCGUUAAGGUCCAGAGGAGGCCCAGACUGCAGCACCAGAACCACCUGCUCCUGUAACCAGCGAUGCCAGCGUCCCUGAUGCUCCUGAGGUUACAGUUGAAGAAGAAACUGCGGAGGAGGAGGUAAACAACAUUUAUUUUAGGCUAGAUGUUUAGAUUGCUAACAACUUGCAGACUGAAAGGAAAGCUGACAGAAAGAUUGCUUGUUGUUGCCCAGCCCAGCUGUUGUCUUGUUGAGCUGAUAACAUUUAACCAUAUGGUCUAGCACUACACCUCUUAUCAAAUACAGGUAACUGCCAAAAUAAUGCAAACACUUGAGUAAAUGAGGAAUACAAAGUAUAUUGAAAGCAGGUGCUUCCACACAGGUGUGGUUCUUGAGUUAAUUAAGCAAUUAACAUCCCAUCAUGCUUAGGGUCAUGCAUAAAAAUGCUGGGCAGGCCAUUAUUUUGUGUUACAUGGUUAUACCACUAUAGGAUGACAUUGCUCCUAUCCACAGGGCAAGAGUGGUCACUGAAUGGUUUGAUGAGCAUGUAAAUGAUGUAAACCAUAUUCCAUGGCUCAGUCACCAGAUCUCAACCCAAACAAACACGUAUGGGAGAUUCUGGAGUGGCUCCUGAGACAGCAUUUCCACCACCAUCAACAAAACACAAAAUUAUGGAAUUUCUCAUGAAAUAAUGGUGUCGCAUCCCUCCAAUAAAGUUCCAGACACUUGUAGAAUCUAUGCCAAGGUGCAUUGAAGCUGUUCUGGCUCGUGGUGACCCAAUGCCCUAUUAGGACACUUUAUGUUGGUGUUUCCUUUAUUUUGUUUGUUACCUGUACAUUAUCUGACUACUGGGUCCUAUUCAUUAGGGCAAACCAUAACAUAACGUUUUGCAAGGGAAAACGAAAACUAGGAAUUUCUUAUUGAACAAGUUCAGGUUGUCCCUCCAUGUUUCAGUCUGUUUUCUUUUCUUUUGGUGCCUAAUGAAUAGGGCCCGGUUGUCUUCUCCUGUUUGUAGGACUCUGAGCUGCCCAACGUUGUCCCGGAGCAGCCUGUGGAGGAGAUAGUGGAGUUCAGCAUUGACCUGGUGGACCCAGGCUACAAGGAACUACUGGACGACCCUGACUCCCCCCAAUAUGUUGACCUCUCUCAUCACCUGCAAGACCAGGUAAGAUUAUAAUAUAGCCUGGUCCCAGAUCUGUUUGUGCUUUUGCCAACUACAUUGCUGUCAUUGUCAAGCCAAAUGGAAUGAACAUUUGUGACAAGGAGUUGGCAUGAUGGCGCACACAGACUGACACCCAGGCUAGCUGACACACUACACAGUAGAAGACCAGACUUAUGGGAGCUCUGUAGUCUGUACUCCCUCUUUAUGUCCAUCAGUAAAAUGUUAUUGAUGAUUUUAAGUCCCUAAGACCAAUGGGAUAUAUGUUUUUAUUCCCUUGAGGUACAGUUUAUUCACUGUCUUGAUGUUUUUUAAAAUAGGUUUUCAAUGAGCCUCAAACAAUAUUUCCCAAUGAAAAUAAAGCCAUGAUCUUAUCUUAUCAGUGUAACACAAUCAACUGCCAGAUACAGGUGCCUGAUGCUGCACAGUGUGCUCUGUGACAUGUUGCUACAAGUGGUACUGUCCUCAUGGGUUGUGGCCCUCGGAGGGAGUUCAUGGUAAAGAUGAUUAUAUAAUGCCACAGGAUCAUGAGCCAGAGGCAGAGAAAGCAGAUUACUGAGUUCCACUUGGACCGUCAGGGCUGGAUUCUCAACCUGACUAGACCCAGGCUCAGUCCCAAUCCUCCACCCUUCUCCCAAAGUAUGCUUGCACCAAUCCCAUGCUUUUAAAUCCAUGACAGUGAAGGUGCAAGUGCACACUUUUGGAAAAGGGUAGAGAACAGGGACGUAGCCCAAAGCUCUGCCAACCAUUUUACUCUUUGAGAGAAAAUAUAUAUUUUCACUUAACUAUCCCAUUCAAGUGCUCUGGAAGCUAGUUGGCACAUACUGUAUUGAGCUUUAUUGGAGAUGGAGGCCUUCAUUGGAUUUCCCCCAAUGGACUCUCAAAGCUCCAUAAGAGACGAUUAUGUCAUAACUGUGCGCUAAAUGUGAUUAAGUAAAGAUAGAGAUCAAUGAGUGUAAGUGUCUCAUUCAUAUAUUCCUCUGCACUGAUUUACAGUACUAGGGGAUAUGCUCAGAUUACAUUACUAGAGCUCGUAACUAGUAACAUGUAUUUGACUUAUUAAUGGUACUGCUAUACGGACUGGAGAGAAAUGCCAUCAUAUGUGAUUCUGUAAGCUUAUAUAGUCCAUCUUCUUUUUCCACAGAUGCUCCAUGUUUUUGACAAACUCCCAGGAUUUAAAGAGAUCAGUGUUUUGGGAAUCAGGUAAGUCUGUGGCAGACAUGAAUAAUCACAUCUGAUGCCUUCGUGCUUAAUUCUGACAUUUUGGUGAGCAAAUUAAAUGGCAAUAGAUUAGGUGAGACAGAUGAAAGCCAGGUGCAAGCUUGGAACCCUGCCAGUUUAUUUAAUCGGACCUUAUUAACUAAGUGUUGAUUUGGCGUGGACACUGAUUCAUUUGUAUACAAAACUAGCUCAUUCCCACCUAGGUGAAAUUCUGUAAAAUGCCAGGAACAGAAAAUAUUUGAGUGCUGCAGACUGUGCUCUUGGCUAUGCUGACUGUAGUAAGAAUACUUGUGUCAUUAGUGUGACCCACAUGCAUGCAAAAAAAUACACCUUUCCUGUGUGUUAACACUGAAGGCCAUUAUAUCUUUACAUUCAAAUGCAAAAUAAUACAUGUCAAGCACAGGUGGCUGGUGAGGGGAAGACGGCUCAUAAUAAUGGCUGGAAUGGAGUGAAUGGAAUGGCAUCAAACACAUGGAAACCAUGUGUUUGAUGUGUUUGAUACCAUUCAAUAAUUAUAUUCCAGCCAUUACUGUGAGCCCAUCCUCCUCAAUUAAGGUGCCACCAGCUGCCUGUGGUGUCAAGUGACACCCUGUGAUGUCAUGACACUCGACCAGCAAUGACUGAUGUUCUAUUUCCUUGUAGAUGACAUGCCAUUAUAUCACAUACUAAUGGCCUCUUUUUUUCCCCUGUCCAAAUCCUAGUGAGACCCAGGAGAGUGACGGGUAAUUGAAUUACUGUGAUGAGAGCCAUCUUGAGCGGUAGCUGCUGUUUCCCUCUGUGUGUCUGUGCUUGUCCCUGUCCGUCUGCUGCUCCGCUCUGAGUUUAUCUGGAUCUAACACAGGGCCCAAGGAGAGAGGGAUCACAUAACCUAAACAAACAGCAGCUCGGCUCUUUGUGCAGCUGGGUCAAUACAUCAACCAGUGACACUGUUGAGAAAUGAGGACUCAAAUCAGCUGAAACUGGGCAUACAUCCCUUCUGUAUCUCAUUGAAAGUUAACAUGGGACAUAUGCUUCUUUAAAUCUUUCUGAAAGGGUGUUAAUGCUCCUGUCUUCUUCAUUUUAGGAUGGAAGGAAAUUAAGCAGUGCAAUAAAAAGCCCUUUGUGAAUAGAAUAAUUGCCGAAUUGCUCCCUUCCCUAAUUUGCGGGCCCCAUGGUGGCCAGUGCUGUCCCAGGCAAUAACAUCCUUGAGCCUGCUCCACUAAUCUGAUAAAGGAUUCACAACUAAUUCGACCUUUGUCUGUGUCUUUAAUAUUUACAAAAACAAAAUGGAAAGAAAUCCACCAUUGAUGGUAUCAUUACUAUUCUAAUCAAAAUUCCAUUGAACUAAUCUGUUUGUCCUCCGGCUUCUCUAUGACAGAGCUGAAUAUUGAAUACAGCAAUGUUUAAUCUCCAAAUCUUAAACCUGGCAGGGGAUUGCUGUGUUUUUAGUUUAUGUAGUUAAUUGCUUAUAGCUUUUCUAGAUCUGUAUAAUAUAGUGCUAUUUUCUUCUCUCAUACAAUAUAUUCUUAUUUUUCAGACCUGGAGGAGUGACAGUGCACUAUUCCCUGGUCUUUGAGAGAAUUUCAACAGAAGUUUCAGAGGAUGACACAGGGACUCCAGCGUCAGCUGUGCCCAGCCUGCGGGAAAUGGUUGCCAAGGCUUUGAGUGAAGAGGCCUCUCUACCAGUGGAUCUACAGUCAUUAAACUUUGAACCAGGUAGCCAAAUCACUGUGAAUAAGUUAUGUUAUAUUUGUGAAAGACAUGAUUUUGCAUCAUUUUUGUACCUCUUUCCACAGUAAAAGUGAUUCCACUAACUACAACACCUGUUGAGGAAGCUGUUGAGGAAGUGAUUGAAUAUGUAAGUACUGGAAUUUGAAUCUAGACUACCUAAGGUGAAAUACCAAACCUUGGAAAUAUGCAUCAACACACUUUUUUUGUCUUUUCCAUCAACAGUCCAGUGAGCCAUCAAUCCACAAUGACCUGGAAAUAGCCACAGAUGAGCCAGAGAUUGCUGGGGAGAAGCCUCGUCUGGAUGUUCCACUUGGCCCUGUGGAAAAGGAAAAUGCUCUCGUCACCCUCCUGGACUCUACAGACAUUCCAGAUGAUGAAGAAGAAGAAGUAAAAGAAGAAGAAGAUGCACCACCAGAGAGAGGGGAUGUGCCCUACAUCUACGAGGAUACUAGUGAUGAAUUUGUGGACAUUGAUGAGAGUGAGUCUGAAGCAACAACUGAACCAGAGGAAGAGGUGCCAUUUAUCACACACAUGAUUGAAACCAUCCAUGCCAUUGAUGAGGGAACUGGUGAGCUUGUGAGAGACUAUUUCCCAUCCCCUCCUGCUGAGGAUUCUGCUGCUGAGCCCAGCAUUCCAGAGGAAUACCCUGAGCCACCUUUUGGCAAUUUAGUCCCUACUAAUGGGUACCCUGUCUUACCCCCUGAGGAUUUGGAUAUUACCUUCGUUCCUGAAAUAGAAAGUAUAGAAACUGAAGCUCCAGUUGAACUCCCUCCUAACUUGAUAUCAGAGGAGAAGGCUGUUGUUGAGGAGGAGGCUGAGCCUACUCCAACCCCUCAGAUUCUGCUCACCACAUCCACAGCCACUGAAGAAGAGCCGUCUGACCCUGGAUUACAUGUAACGACUCUCUCAGCCAUCACAGAUCAGCCUAUCGCUGAAGCAAUAGAGGACCUUGAAGUUGAGGAGAAUCUUAUUCCGAUUGAAGAGGAAGAGGUUGAGGAACCAGAACCAGAACCUGAGGAAGAGGUAGUCGAGAUCUCAGGACCUGAGGAAGAGGUAGUUGUGGAAUCAGAGGAAGAUGUAGUUGUGGAACCUGAGGAAGAGGUAGUUGUGGAACCAGAGGAAGAGGUAGUUGAGGAACCAGAACCUGAGGAAGAGGUAGUUGAGGUCUCGGAACCUGAAGAAGAGGUAGUUGAGGUCUUAGAACCUGAGGAAGAGGUAGUUGAGAUCUCGGAACCUAAGGAAGUGGUCGUUGUGGAAUCAGAGGAAGAGGUAGUUGUGGAACCAGAGGAAGAGAUAGUUGAGGAACCAGAACUUGAGGAAGAGGUAGUUGAUGAACCAGAACCUGAGGAAGAGGUAGUUGAGGAACCAGAAACUAAGGAAGAGGUAGUUGAGGAACCAGAACCUGAGGAAGAGGUAGUUGAGCAACCAGAGGAAGAGGUAGUUGAGGUCUCGGAACCUGAGGAAGAGGUAGUUGAGGUCUCAGAACCUCAGGAAGAGGUAGUUGAGGAACCAGAGCCUGAAGAGGGGGUAGUUGAGGUCUCAGAACUUGAGGAAGAGGUAGUUGAGGAACUAGAGUCUGAGGAAGAGGUAGGUGAGGAACCAGAGCAUGAGGAAGCGGUAGUUGAGGAACCAGAACCUGAGGAAGAGGUAGUUGAGCAACCAGAGGAAGAGGUAGUUGAGGUCUCGGAACCUGAGGAAGAGGUAGUUGAGGUCUCGGAACCUCAGGAAGAGGUAGUUGAGGAACAAGAGCCUGAAGAGGGGGUAGUUGAGGUCUCAGAACUUGAGGAAGAGGUAGUUGAGGAACUAGAGUCUGAGGAAGAGGUAGGUGAGGAACCAGAGCAUGAGGAAGCGGUAGUUGAGGAACCAGAGCCUGAGGAAGAGGUAGAGGGGGAACCAGAGCCUGAGGAGGGGGUAGUUGAGGUCUUAGAACCUGAGGAAGAGGUAGUUGAGGUCUUGGAACCUGAGGAAGAGGUAGUUGAGGAACCAGAACCUGAGGAAGAGGUAGUAGAGGAACCACAGCCUGAGGAAGAGAUAGUUGAGGAACCAGAAACUGAGGAAGAGGUAGUUGAGGAACCAGAACCUGAGGAAGAGGUAGUUGAGCAACCAGAGAAAGAGGUAGUUGAGGUCUCAGAACCUGAGGAAGAGGUAGUUAAGGUCUCAGAACCUGAGGAAGUGGUAGUUGAGGUCUUAGAACCUGAGGAAGAGGUAGUUGAGAUCUCGGAACCUAAGGAAGUGGUCGUUGUGGAAUCAGAGGAAGAGGUAGUUGUGGAACCAGAGGAAGAGGUAGUUGAGGAACCAGAACCUGAGGAAGAGGUAGUUGAUGAACCAGAACCUGAGGAAGAGGUAGUUGAGGAACCAGAAACUGAGGAAGAGGUAGUUGAGGAACCAGAACCUGAGGAAGAGGUAGUUGAGCAACCAGAGGAAGAGGUAGUUGAGGUCUCGGAACCUGAGGAAGAGGUAGUUGAGGUCUCGGAACCUCAGGAAGAGGUAGUUGAGGAACCAGAGCCUGAAGAGGGGGGAGUUGAGGUCUCGGAACUUGAGGAAGAGGUAGUUGAGGAACUAGAGUCUGAGGAAGAGGUAGGUGAGGAACCAGAGCAUGAGGAAGUGGUAGUUGAGGAACCAGAGCCUGAGGAAGAGGUAGAGGGGGAACCAGAGCCUGAGGAAGAGGUAGAGGGGGAACCAGAGCCUGAGGAGGGGGUAGUUGAGGUCUUGGAACCUGAGGAAGAGGUAGUUGAGGUCUUGGAACCUGAGGAAGAGGUAGUUGAGGAACCAGAACCUGAGGAAGAGGUAGUUGAGGAACCACAGCCCGAGGAAGAGAUAGUUGAAGUAUCGGAACCUGAGGAAGAGGUAGUUGAGGUCUUGAAACCUGAGGAAGAGGUAGUUGUUGAACCUGAGGAAGAGGUAGUUGAUGAACCAGAACCUGAGGAAGAGGUAGUUGUGGAACCUGAGGAAGAGGUAGUUGAUGAACCAGAACCUGAGGAAGAGGUAGUUGAGGAACCAGAACCUGAGGAAGAGGUAGUUGAGGAACCAGAACCUGAGGAAGAGGUAGUUGAGGAACUUGAGGACGAGGUACUUGUGGAACCUGAGGAAGAGGUAGUUGUGGAACCUGAGGAAGAGGUAGUUGAUGAACCAGAACCUGAGGAAGAGGUAGCUGAGGAACCAGAACCUGAGGAAGAUGUUAGUGAACCACCAGCAGAAGAAAUUAAAAUCAUCCAACCUGUGGAUUCUGUAGAGGACACUCUCUUUGGAGAGGAAACUGAUCCUGUUGAAGAGGACAAUAUUGUGCCAAUAGAAGACCAGUCACCUGAGGAGGACAUGGAGGAACAGUUGCCUGAAUACCCCAGAUAUGAGGACAUCUACCCUGAAGAAGCUGUUGAUACUUUGGAAGAAUCAGGUGAGCAAUGCAGGUUAUUAAAGCUGUUCUAGCCCUGUAAAGGACGACAACACGCAGAUAUAAUGACAAAUUAAAAGCAAUACAUGUCUUUGAUAGAGGUGUGCAGUUGCAUUACAGCUAAUAAUUAGAGUCCGGCCCAGGGAGGAGAUAUAUUAAUGGUCUUUAUUUGGACUGAGUGCUGUGCUGCCUGAUGAUGAAUGAACUGUAAUGUGGUGUUUAUCAUUUCGUACGUGAUAAAUAAAAGGCUUUUGAUAAUUCAUUUGUUACAUUUUAACAAUUUAGCAGACGCUCUCAUCCAGAGCACUUACAGUAGCGAGUGCAUACAUUUCGUACUUUUUUACGUAUUGGUCCCCUGUGGGAAUCAACCCCACAAACCUUGCGUUGCAAGCGCCAUGCUCUACCAACUGAGCCACACGGGACUUACCAAUGGUUACACCGCUGAGAGAUACUGUACUUAAUCAAACAAUGCAGAUUGAUUUUUUAUAAAAUAAAUCUGAAGGAAAAUUAUUCACAGCAGGGCCCUGGCAAAAGGUCUCGCCUGGAACAGUUUCAUCCCUGCAGCCAUGUAGGGAAGGAAACUGCACAUUCAGUAUAAAUUAGGAUAAUGUAUUAUGUAUUGAAUAGUUGGAAGGCAUUUGCAGUAUGGGUAAAACACACUUGUUAUGGUUUGGGACUAAUUGAAAUAUCCUCUCCUGUUUCAAAGAUCAUUCACCAGAGGACAGUGAUGUGGAAGAGGCUGCAUUGCCAGAGGUCAGUGAAGUGGAGAUAGCAGUGACAUCAGAACCCAUCCCAGACUCUACACCAACACCACCUGCAGAAUCUGACACUGUGCCUGAGGUACAUGUAAAAGAGUCCGCUUCAGAGUUAGAGCCUAUGGAGGAGGAUGCUGAGGAGCCUGAGGUGGUUGUUAUCGAUGAAGAGGAGGCUGAAGAGGAGGUCAUGGAUGGCUCAGAACCUGAGGAUGAGAGCAUGCAAGACCUUGCAGACGAACUUGACCAAAUGGACCUGGUGAGCACAGAGGCCAUUGACCUUCCAGAGGCCAGUGGAUACCCAUUGGCUCCCAAAGAGCACCCCUUCGAGACCACAGCGUCUCCACCACUGAGAUACCUGACCACGCCCUCCAUGACCACGGCCAGUAAGGGAAGGGAGCUGGUGGUGUUCUUCAGUCUACGGGUCACCAACAUGAGGUUCUCAGAUGACCUCUUCAACAAGAGCUCUUCAGAAUACAGAUCCCUGGAGAACACCUUUGUGGAGCUGGUGAGUGAGAAUGAAAUAUGUUCAUAAAGAGAUGAGUGACAGCAUUUCUUUGUUGCACUGCAGCAGGCAACUGAACCCAAUGUCAUAAGAUUAAAACAGGAUACUGCCCACCCAAGUGAGGGAAGGAAGAGGAUAGGAAGUAGGCCAGACAUGAAAAGAAGUCAGGCAGAAAUCAUUCUCUGAUUAUUUAGACUAAAUUGAUGUGCAACAGAGGAACACUUUGUUUCACUCUUUAUAUCGCUGACUGGUGUCUUUCAGGUCCUUAUUACUAGGCAAAGGUGCUGUAUAGGCCCAUAUACAUUGACUUAUCACUGACAAAUGACGUAGAAAGGAGAAACUGCUUUACACCGAUUACAGUCUAAUCCUUUAAAUUUAUUUCACAAGGUGGAAAAAAAGUGUAUUGUGUUGCCUAUUUCAAAAGGACAUUAGAUGGAGGAUGGUUAUUACAACCUGGUUGCUAACUUGCAAACAUUUUCUUAAAGCGUUUGCUUCACAGUCUGUUUGUUGUUGUUUAAAGGUCCAAUGCAGCCGUUUUUAUCUCAAUAUCAAAUCAUUUCUGGGUAACAAUUAAGUACCUUACUGUGAUUGUUUUCAAUUAAAAUGGUCAAAAAGAAACACAAAUAGCUUCUUAGCAAUGAGAAAUGUCUUAGUUUGGUACUCUCUUUCUUAUUGGUCUAUUACUCCACCCCACCAAAACAGGCUGAAGUUUCAGGCAGUCUUUUCAAAAAGCUCUUACACUAAAAGGACAUUAUCAUAAUUUUCACAAUUUACAGUAUACAAAACACAGGAAAAUCACGUUUUUGACUGCGCUGGGCCUUUAAGUGAUUAGAUUUAAUCAUUUAGAUGAAUGUACUGUGCUCUCACUUAUGGCUCUCAGCUUAAUUAAUGCUGAAAACAGCCUGACCUGCGCUGGAACAAAACUAACAUUCUGAUAUACUGUAGCUUCAAUUCAGCUGGUUUUAAUGGACUAUUUUUGAGUGACAUCCUAUUCAAAGCCCAGUGUUCUGCAUGAUUCCUUUGUCUUCUGACUAAACUGACAUGCCUGCUUCAACAUUGACUUAAUUUAGCAAUAAGUCAUAAGAUGGUAGAUUCAGCUUUCAGAAUAAGGUACAGUGAGGGAAAAAAGAAUUUGAUCCCCUGCUGAUUUUGUACGUUUGCCCACUGACAAAGAAAUGAUCAGUCUAUAAUUUUAAUGGUAGAUUUAUUUGAACAGUGAGAGACAGAAUAACAACCAAAAAAUCCAGAAAAACGCAUGUAACAUUUUUUAUAAAUUCAUUUGCAUUUUAAAAAAUCAGCAGGGGAUCAAAUACUUUUUUCCCUCACUGUACAUUGAAAUAAUACAGCUGAUGGGUAUGUUGUUUGUGACAGUAUAGGUCUAGUUACCCUUUCUUCACCUUUCUAUUGAGCUUGAUGGUUGGGUGUACUGUAUCAUCAACAGGUGAUUUAGAUUGAUUAGAUUUACUUAUGCACAGAAGUAGAUUCAUUUGUCUCACAUCCACGCUGAAACAAAUGCAACGUUCCCUCGCAGUAUACAGAGCAAUGACUUAGCUUACAGCUAAUAAGCUGAAGAAGAUGAGGGGUGUGUUGAGAACAGGACACUUUGACACUGCUCUGGUUCCUUUUGAUGUGAUAAGAUGUGGGCUGAAAUACAACACGAAGAUGUAGAUAGAGAGAGAGAUUAAAUGUUUCAUAUUUUAGACCUUUUGUUUGUAAUAUUUUUUGCUGUUAUUGAUUUGCUGUCAUUGACCCAAUAGCCUCAUCACUAAACGCAUGCUGCUAACCCCUCAGACUCUCCACAUGUGCAAACUCCAAUGGAAUAGCUUGUUUGGGCUCAUAUCAGGCUUCAAAAUGACACUUUUGUAAAUAAGAAGGGCCAGUGGCCAGACUCUCUAGUCCUGUUUAUACCUGGUUCCUGAUCUUAUCUACAUUCUGAUUGUGCCCACAUUUUUAGACAGGUGUAGACAAUCAGAAGACACAUUGUGAUCUGAUUGUGAUCUUCCUGACCACCUCCGGAGGUAGUCAGGCACGCAUUGUGUCUGGAUAUCUUACAAGUGUAGACGGAGCUGGACAGUGAAAUCAUUUAAAUCAUAAUUAAACCACCCUCUAAAAUCAUUGACAGGUGGCAAUAUUGACUUAUGGCAUCAAUAUGUGUCAAAAUAAAUAUUACUUUAAAAGAAUAUCUGUCAAAUAACUUAGAUACAAGGAGGGACCAGGAAAUCUAGUCGCAAUGAGGACACAGAGGAUGGAAAAAUCUGUCGAUGUGCCCUUGAGCAAGGCACUUAACCCUAAUUGCUCCUGUAAGUCGCUCUGGAUAAGAGCGUCUGCUAAAUCACUAAAAUGUAAAUGUAAAUAAGAGAUACAUUUUAAUACCAUGUGUAGACGCAUGUCUGAAAAUGUGGGCACAAUCAGAAUGAGGACAAGAUCAACACACAGGACACAUUAGAGCCAGGUAUAAACAAAGCUUCUGAGAAGUUAAUGGAUUUGAAAUGCCAACUCAUUGUGACUAAAACGGAAUUGGAAGAGGCUAGGUUAUUAGAUGAUAAAGGAGAGUGUAGGCGUAGAUAGAUGUACAGUUGCUUGCGAAAGUAUUCACCCCCUUGGCAUUUUUCCUAUUUUGUAGCCUUACAACCUGGAAUUCAAAUGGUUAUUUUGGAGGUUUGUAUCAUUUGAUUUACACAACGUGCCUACCACUUUGAAGAUGCAAAAUAUUAGUUUUUGUGAAACAAACAAGAAAUAAGACAGAAAAACAGAAGACUUGAGUGUGCAUAACUAUUUGACUAGGCCAUUCCAAGACAUUUAAAUGUUUCCCCUUAAACCACUUGAGUGUCGCUUUAGCAGUAUGCUUAGGGUCAUUGUCCUGCUGGAUGGUGCCGCUUUCUUGGUGGUGCCCCUUGCUUAGUGGUGUUGCAGGCUCUGGGGCCUUUCAGAACAAGUGUAUAUAUAUACUGAGAUCAUGUGACACUUAGAUUGCACACAGGUGGACUUUAUUUAACUAAUUAUGUGACUUCUGAAGGUAAUCGGUUGCACCAGAUCUUAUUUAGGGGCUUCAUAGCAAAGGGGGUGAAUACAUAUGCAGAAUUUUUUGUAACAAGUUAUUUUUUCAUUUCACUUCUCCAAUUUGGACUAUUUUGUGUAUGUCCAUUACAUGAAAUCCAAAUAAAAAUCCAAUUAAAUUACAAGUUGUAAUGCAACAAAAUAGGUAAAACGCCAAAGGGGAUGAAUACGUUAGCAAGGCACUGUAUAUUGGCACAGAGUGACCCUUUAUAUGGUACUUCCUAUAUGGUACUACAAAACAAAUCAGUGUUUUACUUUACUGGAGCAAUAGAGCCCCACAGUGGAGGUGUCAUAAUACCCAUAAAACGGGUGGUCAAACAGGGAAAUGGUUCCAAUCGUUUUUUCACCAUUUAUUUUUCUCAUAGGGGAUUUUAGAAAUGUGACGUUUGAUAACCGUGUAAAUCUGUCUAGGACAACGUGACUUUUAUCAAUAUAUUCGACUCUAUAUUUACUCUCAGAUUCGAAAAUGUUAAUUGACAUCAAAUCCCUGUAAGCCCCUGCACGUCAUCUCUAGCUGACACCUUUGCUAACAGGUAUUGUGUCAAUUUAAAAGUUGCACAAGACAGUUCAAAGGAUUGUCCAUUUAAAUGUUUCCAUUUAUUAAUUACUACAUUUAGCUAACAUUAGAGAGUUAAUCCAGAGAUGUUACAUUUGCCUUGAUUCGGCAGUCUCGUCCAGAGAUCAUCAUGGCAUUUGCAGUUCUUUAUGAUAGCUACAUUAGCAGCUAAUUCGCAUUUCAUUAUUAUUAUUAUUAUUAUUAUGAAAAAAAAAAAAAUUGGGUAAUACAGGCGAAUACAGUGCAUUCGGAAAGUAUUCAGACCCCUUCUCUUUUUAAACAUUUUGUUAUGUUACAGCCUUAUUCUAAAAUUGAUUACAUUUAAUUUUAUCCUCAUCGAUCUACACACAAUACCCCAUAAUGACAAAGAGAAAACUGGUUUUUAGACAUUUUUGCAAAUGUAUUAAAAAUAAAAAACAGAAAUACCUUAUUUUCAUAAGUAUUCAGCCCCUUUGAUAUGAGACUCGAUAUUGAGCUCAGGUGCAUCCUGUUUCCAAUGAUCAUCCUUGAGAUGUUUCUACAACUUGAUUGGAGUUGAUUUGGAAAGACACACAUCUGUCUAUAUAAGGUCCCACAGUUGACAGUGCAUGUCAAAGCAAAAACCAAGCCAUGAGGUCGAAGGAAUUGCCGUAGAGCUCCAAGACAGGGUUGUGUUGAGGCACAGAUCUGGGGAGGGGUACCAAAAAAUGUCUGCAGCAUUGAAGGUCCCCAAUAACACAGUGGCCUCCAUCAUUCUUAAAUGGAAGAAGUUUGGAACCACCAAGACUCUUCCUAGAGCUGGCCGCCCGGUCAAACUGAGCAAUCGGGAGAGAAGGGCCUUGGUCAGGGAGGUGACCAAUAACCUGAUGGUCACUCUGACAGAGCUCCAGAGUUCCUCUGUGGUGAUUGGAGAACCUUCCAGAAGGACAACCAUCUCUGCAGCACUCCACCAAUCAGGCAUUUAUGGUAGAGUGGCCAGGCGGAAGCCACUCCUCUGUAAAAGGCACAUGACAGCCCGCUUGGAGUUUGCCAAAAGACACCUAAAGGACUCUGACCAUGAGAAACAAGAUUAUCUGGUCUGAUGAAACCAAGAUUGGAACUCUUUGGCCUGAAUGCCAAGCGUCACGUCUGGAGGAAACCUGACAGAGCUUGAGAGGAUCUGCAGAGAAGAAUGGGAGAAACUCCUCAAAUACAGGUGUGCCAAGCUUGUAGCGUCAUUCCAAAUAAAACUUGAGGUUGUAAUUGCAGCCAAAGGUGCUUCAACAAAGUACUGAGUAAAGGGUCUGAAUACUUAUGUAAAUGUGAUAUUUCAGUUGUUGGUCAAAAACUAUUUUUGCUUUGUCAUUAUGGGGUAUUGUGUGUAGAUUGAUAAGGAGAAAAAACAAUUUAAUCAAUUUUAGAAUACGGCUGUAACGUAACAAAAUGUGGAAAAAGUCAAAGGGUCUGAAUCCUUUUCCCGAAUGCACUGAUAAAAGUCACCUUGUCCUAGAGAGAUUUACACGGUUAACAAAACUUCACACCAGGGUAAGCCUACACGAAACACAGCCCUUAUUUUAAGUGCUUCUAAAAUCCCAUAUGGGAAAAAUGAAUGGUGGAAAAACGAUUGGAACCAUUUCCCUGUUUGACCACUAGGUUUUAUGGGUAUUAUGACUCAUACUGUGGUACUCUAUGCGACCAAUUAUGUUCAGCCCUAGGCCCACAGAGAAACAAGGUAGCUGUUGUUUUUCAAUUUGAGUCAGAUUCCCAGCUAUGCAAGUAUGUACAGUAGGUAACCUUUGAAGGGUUUCCUUGCUUGAGGAUAUGUAUUUCUAAAGAUUUGGCACUUCACUCACAAUCUGUGCAUACUUCACAUAUAAUUGCAGAGAGUAGGCGAUGCUCUAAAAUGGUAGCUUUGAAUCACUUUGACAAAACCAAUGAAUAAUAAAAAAAUGUAAGGAAGAUUCCUGUGCUGACUGCAACAUUCUGAUGAACUAUGAAGCCUUGAGAGCUCUCCCAGUAUCAAAGCUGUCCAUUGCUGUCCUCAGUUGCUUCCUAAUGAGCAACAACUGAUCAAUGUGUUGCCUCCCAGUAACGGUUCUACAUUUUUCAAUAUUUCCAAUUUAAAGAAAUAACUCAAGGCAAAGUUUGUUUCCUCCUAACUUCUGUCAUCUAUGGCAUGCUCAGGAUUCGAGCAAUUACAUACUUUUUAAAGCUAGAAUCCUUAGUUACUACAUAGUUUUUUGGACUUAAAAAUGUAUGAUAUAUAGCCAUUGAUUCUUGAAGAAUAUAACUUAUAAAUGCCUCAUCAGCUUAGUUCAAUUGUCGUACCCCUUCAGAACCCCAAAUAUAAGCUUGUUUUACUCCAAUGUUUUGGAACAAUGUACAUAUAAACACUUUAUGGCCUAAAAAAUUGUUAAAACAAUAAUUUUGAUAUCAUGGAUGGUCAGUCCUUGCAUCCAUAGCUCUGUCUAUGAAUUUGAGUGGUUACAUUUCUUCAGGCCCAUCCCUCAGCUUUUUACCAAAACAGAGGUGGGGUGCCCACUUUGUUAUUGUUUCAAUUAAGGACUCUAGCUUUAAGGGUUUCUUCAACUCAGAGGAAAGGUACUGGCUGAGAUCUGGUAAUAUUAUAUUAGCACUUUUCAUAGCUUUGAAUAAAUGGGACACCGUCACUCCGGGUGCAAGUGGAGGAUUUGAGUAUCAGGGCUUUGUCACUACAAUAGUGUAUAAAGACCUCUGGUGUAGUGGGUAGAACUCUUUGAACUACUGCACGGUAAUUACAGACAGUGAUUAAAUGUAAUCGUUAUUAGAAAGUAAUCUAAAUAAAGCAAAAGUCAAUAAUCUCUUACCAUGCUUAAGAGGACAAAGUAAAACACAUUGGAAACAGAAAUAUUUUAAAUAUCAAUUGUUGCUGAAUUUCCUCUUCACUUCAGUUUGCUCCUCAAUUCAUGCAUCUUGGUUGGAGAGCGAGUUAGCGGCAGUGUUCCCUUUGGAUUGAAAUUGAUUAGUCUGAACACAAUAUAGUCAUUUGAAGCUGCUUACCACUUUUCUCUCCUCUGUCCAGCUGCUGCCUUACCUGCAGUCCAAUCUAACAGGAUUCAAAAAGCUGGAGAUUCUCAACUUCAGGAACGGCAGCAUUGUGGUCAACAGCAAGAUGAAGUUCUCCAAGUCAGUGCCAUACAACGUGACCCAGGCCGUCCACUGUGUCCUAGAAGACUUUUGCAAUGCUGCUGCCAUGCGCCUCAACAUUGAGAUUGACAGUCACUCUCUGGACAUAGAGCCGGGUAUGAGACGAGGCCCCAAAUGGCACUCUAUUCCCUAUAUAUGCACUACUUUUGACCAGAGCCCUAUGAGGUCAUUUUAAUAGUGACAUUUACAGAGUAUGAAAUACAUAAUAAAUAUACAAUAGUAACAGUCUAACGAAUCAAAACAUGAUUUGCAUGGAAAAUACUACAGCUAUAAAGAAUAAAACACUAAUGUAGACUGUAAGUUGGGUAGAGAGCAGGGGCGUCAUGCACCCCGAAAAUAUGAAGGGGCACAAAGUAUGUGAGGAUGGCUGGGGGGUGGGCCAGAGGGAGGCUGGCUGUCUGGAAGUUGGAGAAUUUUGCAUUUUUCAAACACCUGAAACAACUUUUUCCAGCAAUCUAGAGCAAUAAUCAUUAUGCUUAAUUCUAUGUAAAAUAUACAGAACCAGUCAAAGUUUGGACACAUCUACUCAUUAUUUUUACUAUUUUCUACAUUGUAGAAUAAUAGUGAAGACAUCAAAACUAUGAAAUAACACAUCAUGUAUUAACCAAAAAAGAGUUAAACAAAUCCAAAUAUAUUUUAGAUUUUAGAUUCUUCAAAAGUAGCCACCCUUUGCCUUGAUGACAGUUUUGCACACUCUUGGCAUUCUCUCAACCAGCUUCACCUGGAAUUAUUUUCCAACAGUCUUGAAGGAGUUCCCACAUAUGCUGAGCACUUGUUGGCUGCUUUUCCUUCACUCUGCGGUCCAACUCAUCCCAAACCAUCUCAAUUGGGUUGAGGUCGGGUGAUUGUGGAGGCCAGGUCAUCUGAUGCAGCACUCCAUCACUCUCCUUCUUGGUAAAAUAGCCCUUACACAGCCUGGAGGUGUGUUAGGUCAUUGUCCUGUUGAAAAACAAAUGAUAGUCCCACUAAGCCCAAACCAGAUGGGAUGGCGUAUCGCUGCAGAAUGCUGUGGUAGCCUUGCUGGUUAAGUGUGCCUUGAAUUCUAAAUAAGUCACUGACAGUGUCACCAGCAAAGCACCCCCACACCAUCACACCUCCUCCUACAUGCUUUACGGUAGGAACCACACAUGCAGAGAUCAUCCGUUCACCUACUCUGCGUCUCACAAAGACACAGCGGUUCGAACCCAAAAUCUCAAAUUUGGACUCAUCAGACAAAAGGACAGAUUUUUUGGGCCGCAAUCUGAGGUGUAGUUAACUCUAAUGAACUUAUCCUCUGCAGCAGAGGUAACUCUGGGUCUUCCUUUCCUGUGGUGGUCCUCAUGAGAGCCAGUUUCAUCAUAGCGCUUGGUUUUUGCGACUACACUUGAAGAAACGUUCAAAGUUCUUGAAAUGUUCAGGAUUGACUGACCUUCAUGUCUUAAAGUAAUGAUGGACUGUCGUUUCUCUUUGCUUAUUUGAGCUGUUCUUGCCAUAAUAUGGAUUUGGUCUUUUACCAAAUAGGGCUAUCAUCUGUAUACAUUUACAUUUACGUCAUUUAGCAGACGCUCUUAUCCAGAGCGACUUACAGUUAGUGCAUACAUUAUUCUUUCACAACACAACUGAUUGGCUCAAACACAUUAAGAAGGAAAUUUACUUUUAACAAGGCACACCUGUUAAUUUAAAUGCAUUCCAGGUGACUACCUCAUGAAGCUGGUUGAGAGAAUGCCAAGCGUGUGCAAAGCUGUCAUCAAGGCAAAGGGUGGUUACUUUGAAGAAUCUCAAAUAUAAAAUAUAUUUUGAUUUGUUUAACACUUUUUCUGUUACUACAUGAUUCCAUAUGUGUUAUUUCAUAGUUUUGAUGUCUUCACUAUUAUUCUACAAUGUAGAAAAUAGUAAAAAUAAAGAAAAACCCUUGAAUGAGUAGGUGUGUCCAAACUUUUGACUGGUGCUGUGUGUGUAUAUAUAUAUAUAUAUAUAUAUAUAUAUAUAUAUAUAUAUAUAUAUAUAUAUAUAUAUAUAUAUAUAUAUAUAUAAUACACUGCUCAAAAAAAUUAAGGGAACACUAAAAUAACACAUCCUAGAUCUGAAUGAAUGAAAUAAUCUUAUUAAAUACUUUUUUCUUUACAUAGUUGAAUGUGCUGACAACAAAAUCACACAAAAAUAAUCAAUGGAAAUCAAAUUUAUCAACCCAUGGAGGUCUGGAUUUGGAGUCACCCUCAAAAUGAAAGUGGAAAACCACACUACAGGCUGAUCCAACUUUGAUGUAAUGUCCUUAAAACAAGUCAAAAUGAGGCUCAGUAGUGUGUGUGGCCUCCACGUGCCUGUAUGACCUCCCUACAACGCCUGGGCAUGCUCCUGAUGAGGUGGCGGAUGGUCUCCUGAGGGAUCUCCUCCCAGACCUGGACUAAAGCAUCUGCCAACUCCUGGACAGUCUGUGGUGCAAUUUGGCGUUGGUGGAUGGAGCGAGACAUGAUGUCCCAGAUGUUCUCAAUUGGAUUCAGGUCUGGGGAACGGGCGGGCCAGUCCAUAGCAUCAAUGCCUUCCUCUUGCAGGAACUGCUGACACACUCCAGCCACAUGAGGUCUAACAUUGUCUUGCAUUAGGAGGAACCCAGGGCCAACCGCACCAGCAUAUGGGCUCACAAGGGGUCUGAGGAUCUCAUCUCGGUACCUAAUGGCAGUCAGGCUACCUCUGGCGAGCACAUGGAGGGCUGUGCGGCCCCCCAAAGAAAUGCCACACCACACCAUGACUGACCCACCGCCAAACCGGUCAUGCUGGAGGAUGUUGCAGGCAGCAGAACGUUCUCCACGGCGUCUCCAGACUCUGUCACAUCUGUCACGUGCUCAGUGUGAACCUGCUUUCAUCUGUGAAGAGCACAGGGCGCCAGUGGCGAAUUUGCCAAUCUUGGUGUUCUCUGGCAAAUGCCAAAUGUCCUGCACGGUGUUGGGCUGUAAGCACAACCCCCACCUGUGGACGUCGGGCCCUCAUACCACCCUCAUGGAGUCUGUUUCUGACCGUUUGAGCAGACACAUGCACAUUUGUGGCCUGCUGGAGGUCAUUUUGCAGGGCUCUCGCAGUGCUCCUCCUGCUCCUCCUUGCACAAAGGCGGAGGUAGCAGUCCUGCUGCUGGGUUGUUGCCCUCCUACGGCCUCCUCCACGUCUCCUGAUGUACUGGCCUGUCUCCUGGUAGCGCCUCCAUGCUCUGGACACUACGCUGACAGACACAGCAAACCUUCUUGCCACAGCUCGCAUUGAUGUGCCAUCCUGGAUGAGCUGCACUACCUGAGCCACUUGUGUGGGUUGUAGACUCCGUCUCAUGUUACCACUAGAGUGAAAGCACCGCCAGCAUUCAAAAGUGACCAAAACAUCAGCCAGGAAGCAUAGGAACUGAGAAGUGGUCUGUGGUCACCACUUGCAAAACCAGUCCUUUAUUGGGGGUGUCUUGCUAAUUGCCUAUCAUUUCCACCUGUUGUCUAUUCCAUUUGCACAACAGCAUGUGAAAUGUAUUGUCAAUCAGUGUUGCUUCCUAAGUGGACAGUUUGAUUUCACAGAAGUGUGAUUGACUUGGAGUUACAUUGUGUUGUUUAAGUGUUCCCUUUAUUUUUUGGAGCAGUGUGUGUGUAUAUAUAUAUAUAUAUAUAUAUAUUGCAUUCGGAAAGUAUUCGGACCCCUUGAAUUUUUCCACAUUUUGUUACGUUACAGCCGUAUUCUAAAACUGCUGAAAUAAAAAAAAUAUUCUCAUCAGUCUACACAGUCAAUACCCCAUAAUGACAAAGCGAAAACAGUUUAUUUUUUGUUGUUGCACAUUUAUAAAAAUAAAAAACAGAAGUACCUUAUUUAUAGAAGUAUUCAGCCCCUUUGCUAUGAGGCUCGAAAUUCAGCUCAGGUACAUUGAUCAUCCUUGAGAUGUUUCUACAACUUGUUUUGAGUCCACCUAUGGUAAAUUCAAUUGAUUGGACAUGAUUUGGAAAGGCACACCUGUCUAUGUAAGGCCCCACCAUCGACAGUGCAUAACAGAGCAAAAACCAAGACAUCGAAGAAAUUGUCCGUAGAGCUCAGAGACAGGAUUGUGUCUAGGCACAGAUCUGGGGAAGGGUACCAAAACAUUUCUGCAGCAUUGAAGGUCCCCAAGAGCAUAGUGGCCUCCAUCAUUCUUAAAUGGAAGAAGUUUGGAACCACCAAGACUCUUCCUAGAGCUGGCCGCCCGGCCAAACUGAGCAAUCGGGGGAGAAGGGCCUUGGUCAGGGAGGUGACCAAGAACCCGAUGGUCACUCUGACAGAGCUCCAGAGUACCUCUGUGGAGAUAGGAUAACCUUCCAGAAGGACAACCAUCUCUGCAGCACUCCACCAAUCAGGCCUUUAUGGUAGAGUGGCCAGACGGAAGCCACUCCUCAGUAAAAGGCACAUGACAGGCCGCUUGGAGUUUGCCAAAAGGCACCUAAAGACUCUCAGACCAUGAGAAACAAGAUUGUCUGGUCUGAUGAAACCACAAUUGAACUCUUUGGCCUGAAUGCCAAGCAUCACUGGAGGAAAUCUGGCACCAUCCCUACGGUGAAGCAUGGUGGUGACAGCAUCAUGCUGUGGGGAUGUUUUUCAGCGGCAGGGACUGGGAGACAAGUCAGGAUUGAGGGAAAGAUGAACGGAGCAAUGUACAGAGAGAUCCUUGAUGAAAACCUGCUCCAGAGCGCUCAGGACCUCAGACUGGGGCGAAGGUUCACCUUCCAACAGGACAACGACCCUAAGCAAACAGCCAAGACAAGUAGCUUCGGGUCAAGUCUCUGAAUGUCCUUGAGUGGCCCAGCCAGAACCCGGACUUGAACCCGAUCGAACAUCUCUGGAGAGACCUGAAAAUAGCUGUGCAGCGACACUCCCCAUCCAACCUGACAGAGCUUGAGAGGAUCUGCAGAGAAGAAUGGGAGAAACUCCCCAAAUACAGCUGUGCCAAGCUUGUAGCGUCAUACCCAAGAAGACUCGAGGCUGUAAUUGCUGCCAAAGGUGCUUCAACAAAGUACUGAGUAAAGGGUCUGAAUACUUAUGUAAAUGUGAUAUUUCAGCUUUUUCUUCUGUAUAUAUAUAUAUACAAAUAAAUAUAAAUCUUCUAACAACCAGUUUUUGCUUUGUCAUUAUGUGUUAUUGUGUGUAGAUUGAUGAGGGGGAAAAAACAAUUGAAUCCAUUUGAGAAUAAGGUUGUAACGUAACAAAAUGUGGAAAAAGUGAAGAGGUCUGAAUAAUUUCCGAAUGCACUGUACAUACAUAUUUUUAAACAGGACAGAUCUGAGAGGACACGUGCCCCUGUGCCCCCUAUUGGUGUAAAAUCCAUCUAGUGUCAUGCUUUGUCUGGGCCAUCAAUAUUCAACUUUUCACUAGCUAAUAUGCUAAACCUUAAAAUUCCAUGCAGAGAAGAAGCCGAGAAGGACCUACCUCAUUAAAAUCGAUCAAAUGUAUUUAGUACCUCUGAGAGAAAGAGGGUCGUUAAAAAGGGGGAGAAGACAGCUUCACAGCUACUUUGAUAUUUCAUGAAUACUGAUCAUUUCCCCAUUCCUCAUUCUUUUUAACCAGCUGAUCAAGCAGAUCCCUGUAAGUUCUUGGCGUGCAACGACUUCUCUCGCUGUGUGGUGAACCACUGGUCUCGGGAGGCCGAGUGUCUGUGUGACCCGGGCUACAUGACGUUGGAUGGCCUGCCCUGUCAGAGUAUCUGUGUCCUGCAGCCUGACUACUGCCAAAACGGGGGUCAGUGUGAGAUAGUACCUGGGCAUGGAGCCACUUGCAGGUACUUUAGCGUAACCACCUCCAAAUAAAGUAAACAUGGUGCCAUGUUUCUUCAUAUCCAGAUUUUUAUUAAGCCAUUCAUUGUUACUACUACGUAUUAAUUAUAAUAUCCAUUGCCAUCACUUGUUUCUCUCACCUGUUACAGUUCAACUUGAUGUUGUUCUCUUUGUUGAUGUUGUCUACUUAGUGUUGAGCGGAAAGCAACACAACAUGACAUUCUAAUACCACAUACAACACACGCACUCUUUCAUGAACUGUACCGUUCAUUAUGUGCUCUAACCCAGUGUCUUUGACCUCUUUAGAUGUCCUGUAGGUAAAGUCUGGCACUUUAACGGGGAGCGCUGCACUGAGCUGGUGGCCGUACCAGUAGACCCCUUCCUUUUCAUAAGCUGCUUUGUGGGCUUCCUGUCCUUUGUUUAUGCCGUGAUAGCUCUCAUGAUAUUCAUGUACACACAAUGUAGACGGAGCAGAGAGACAGUGACUUUGGCG